AAAGGGCAAAAGACGAAUAGACAAUGGACAGGUAGAAGCAUCCUUGCUUGGCCUAACUGCUAUCCCAACGUCUCCUUUCACUUUCUACAUUUCAACACGCACACACACCUUCCGCUCUUUUCAACGCAGAACAAAAAACAGGCUGAAGCAAGCAAAGAAUCCAAUAACAUCCACUGCUACAAAUUUCUCAUCUCUCUCCACCUAUUAUCGUGCAAAUUUUUGUCUUUUAUUUAUGCCUGAGAGGAGUCUCCGCCGAAGAUUGCCGGCGUCCGGUAGCCGGAAAAGCAGGCCUCCUCAUCCUUCGCCUUCCCCCAGUAGAAAGACCCCACCGCCACGGCGAUCUGUCAAGCACCCUAGACCUAUAAAGAUUUUGAAGCGUAGCUUGUCGGAGCCGAUGCUAUGGAGUUGUAGCGAGAGUGGUGGGAUCAGUGAAGCUGAAGUUCAGCGACAAAGGGGUUUGUGGUCUACGGGUGAGAGUAGUGGGGUUCUCCCUAGGCCUCAUACUUUUACAGAUGGUUUUGCUUCCUCUCCUUCCUUGAUGAACUUUUCUCCGCGGAGUUUUGAGAGUUACAACAAGGAUGCAAAGGUGGUUGUUAAUGUAACAGUUGAAGGGAGUCCAGGACCUGUGAGGACCAUGGUUAAAUUGGGAACUAGUGUGGAGGACACAAUUAAGCUUGUUGUAGACAAGUACUCUGAAGAAGGAAGAACUCCAAAGCUUGUUAAGGAUUCAGCGUCCUUUUGUGAAUUGCAUCAUUCCUACUUCAGCCUUCAAAGUUUAGAUAAAUCAGAGCUGAUUGGGGAUAUUGGUAGUCGAAGCUUCUACCUCAGAAGAAGCUGCAGCAACCGUAGUAGUAAUGGAGGAUCCUCUCCUUCCAUUUCAGACAAUGCUGUGGUGAGGGACUCAUCACCACCUCCUCAAUUCUUGUUUUCAUCUUUUGUUGCCCGGAAACUGGGAAAAAUCGUGAGAAGAUCUCGUAGAAUUUGGAAUGUCUUGGUCUGCUGGAAAUGAUCGAAAGAGUAGAGCAACAUAUUAUUUUGCUGAACCCUUAAAUGAAGAUCAUCCCUAUUUUUCUUUUUUGAAAUUCUUUUACAAAUUCCCUUCCUUUACACCAUACCUGUAAAUGUCAAGAUACAGCAACACAUCUCAUAAAUUUUAGGUGUAAGGUCAUCUUAUCAAAAGAAAACCUUUUGAUUUUCUAUGUACAUAACUGAAAUGGCGAAGGAGCCGUUUAUAUUUAGCUUCAAUGUCUCCCUUUAUCUAUGAAUAAAUGGAUGGAAUUUGAUGCCUCA